GGUUUUUGGAUUUUAGAUCGAAAGAGUUUUAGAAAUGCCGCUCGCACGUAUGGAGAGUUGUGGACAUCGAGUAACAAUCAUGUGUUUCUCUUUCUGCUUUCUGCUUUCUGCUAUAACUGGAUCUGUGGCCGAGAUAUUGCCGUCAAUUCUAUGGAAUUCUGAAAAUCCAUUUUUUAAUAACCUACAUGAAAGGACCAGAAAUGUCAUGGAAUUUGACCAGCUCUCAAUUAUUUGUCCCACCCUGGUGGACUACCCCAUCAAAAGAACAACUACUUAUUUGAAAGACUUGUUGUAUGAAAAUGUAUAUAUGGUGGACAAGAAGGGUUUUGACAAGUGUAAUGCAACAGGAGGACUCAGUGUUUUAUCCUGUAAUGAUCCAGUGGGACACAUUUAUUACAGGGUUGUAUUUCAACCUCAUACCGUUAAUCCAAAUGAUCCAAAGUUCGAGAAAGGAAAAGAAUACUACUUUAUUAGUACUGCAUCAGGCUCACAAAGCUCAUUGACAAACACACAAGGAGGACACUGUAAUUCAGGAAUGAAGAUGAAAAUAUAUGUCUGUGAAAGCAGCUCUGACCCAAAGUGUCCUAAUGGAAACAGUGUCGUUAAUGGUGGAUGGUCUGACUGGAGUGAAUGUUCGAAUGGUCUUCAAAGACGAAAAUGUAACAAACCUGCCCCAGCGAGUGGGGGAUUACCAUGUGUUGGUGAUGAACAAAGAGCAUGUUCGACAGAAGCUGCACAAGUGCUUUGUAAGGGGCAUUCGUGUACUAAUCCCACUGUGGAAGGUCAAACAUCAACUACACCAGGACUUCCUUCCAGAGAAAACAGAACUGGAGAUAAUUCUGGUGAUAAAUUGGAGUUGAAUAGAGGACUGUUUGUUGGAAUAUGUCUUAGUAUAUUCAUAUUUGGGAUCUUCAUUGGUGGAAUAAUUGCUAUUUUAGUAUGUAGAGUUUCUAGACGCAAGUCAAAAACAAAUGCCCAUAUUACAAGAGUUCCUAGCAAAUUAACUGGUUUCUCUCGUCCAACUUCACUAGUUUCUACAUUAUCCACAGUUAGUGAGAGUGCACAAAUGGUGAAAACAUAGCACUUAGUAAAUGCAACCAUUAUUUACAACCAUAACCCUUUCAGUCCCAUGGGUGACCAAUACAGUAUUUUCUCCUCACAACACAGACAUUUCCAAGCAGAAUGUGAUAAUAAUAAGAAGGAAGAACAUGUAGUGGGACAUUUAGAGCAAAAUUUUAGGGUAGUAAAAUCGUGAGAAUUGUCUAUGAGAGAUAUUUGAAAGACUGAUAAUGAGUUCUCAAACUCAUUGAUUAUUCAUAAGGUGAUCAUCCAACCAUGACAUGCCAAUUUCAUCACCUGCUUGUGGUUUGAAACCCUGGUGAAAGUUUCAUAUAAUAUCAAACCCUUGAGUUUGAUAAAGCAUCAAACUCUAGUGAACUCAUUUCUUGAUUUGAAUAUCAAUACAACAAACUUACCAACAACAUGUGAAAAAUUUGUGAGUACUUCUAUUUUCUUUUAUUCUUAAGGUGCGAUUGAGAAGCUAUUUCAAAAGCUAUUUCAAAAACUUGUGCAUCGGGUUUCAUUGGGGUUUCCAAACACUAAAAAACAAUGAAAGCAUUAUCAGUUUUCUUGUGUUUGGAAACCUUGAUGAAACCCUCACACUCGUUUUUGAAAUAGUACAUUUAGGGUGGUCACUCUCAAUAUUUCCACCAUUCUGGAGCUUAGGGAGUGAAUGGGUUAAAAUAUUAGUACUAAUGUUUAGUCAGCUAUUUAGUAUCCUCUGUGAGAAUAGUUUAAAGCAUUUGAGACUAAGCAAAUUUACCUCUAGAUAAAAUAUUUCAAUAUUAUGAAGAGGGAUUCUUUAACAAGGGGGCCUUUGCACAUAAGGCCCAGUUGUUUGGAGGGUGGAUAAUGCUAUCCAACUUGUAAAUUACUUUCCUGCAGAUAUAGAUUUAAUACAUGGAUAGUGUUAUCCACCCUUUGAAAACCAGGGCAGACACUUCAGUAAAUAUUAUGCUUGCCUGGUCAUUUCUUAACAACUGGUUAACUGCAUCUCUUAAAUUAGCAAUUUUGGAUUGCUUUAUUGAUAGCGUCUGUUUGAAUCUAUCAUUGAUGCAAAUCAAAGAGAACUACAAGCAUUAAAUGCAUUUGUAUUUUCUUGCACAAAGUUUUUUAAAAAUUAAAAAUUGGUGUGAUUUGA